AUGGAACCCGUGGUGUCAGCAUGUUUUGGAUCCAACUGGAAUUAUGGAACCCCUGGUGUCAAUAUGUUUUGGAUCCAGCUGGGAUUAUGGAACCUGUGGUGUCAGUAUGUUUUGGAUCCAACUGGAAUUAUUGAACCCAUGGUGUCAGUAUGGUUUGGAUCCAACUGGAAUUAUGGAACCCCUGGUCUCAAUAUGUUUUGGAUCCACCUGGGAUUAUGGAACCCGUGGUGUCAGUAUGUUUUGGAUCCAACUGGAAUUAUUGAACCCGUGGUGUCAGUAUGGUUUGGAUCCAACUGGAAUUAUGGAACCCCUGGUCUCAAUAUGUUUUGGAUCCACCUGGGAUUAUGGAACCCGUGGUGUCAGUAUGUUUUGUAUCCAACUGGAAUUAUGGAACCCGUGGUGUCAGUAUGUUUUGGAUCCAACUGGAAUUAUGGAACCUGUGGUGUCAGUAUGUUUUGGAUCCAACUGGAAUUAUGGAACCCGUGGUGUCAGUAUGUUUUGGAUCCAACUGGAAUUAUGGAACCCGUGGUGUCAGUAUGUUUUGGAUCCAACUGGAAUUAUGGAACCCGUGGUGUCAGUAUGUUUUGGAUCCAAUUGGAAUUAUGGAACCCGUGGUGUCAGUAUGUUUUGGAUCCAACUGGAUAA